UCCCACGACAUCAACAUAACCUAAAACAGAAGAAAAAGAACCAAAUUAACCUUGUGUCAGUUUGAGUUAUCGUAACUGUCUCUACACUUUAACUAUCACAUUUACUUUGAUUUCAUCCUUAAUUAGCCAAAACGGGUCUCCCACUUUGGAUGCUUGGUUUGGGUGCCGACCUUUUGUGGGCCGACAUGAAUCGUCUCCUCGCCUUUCUCUUCCAUCAGGGAGUUCUCGAUGAACAGUUUUUGCAGCUUCAACAGCUUCAAGAUCACACUUCUCCUAACUUCGUCUCCGAAGUAGUUAACAUUUACUUUCACGAGUCGGAGAAACUACUCACCAAUCUCAGAUCAUUGCUAAUGGAGAGGGAGUUUUCGGAUUAUAAGAAAAUGGAAAUACAUUUGAAUCAAUUCAUUGGUAGCAGCUCAAGCAUUGGUGCUAAGAGAGUUACAAGCAUCUGCAUUGCCUUUCGUGCCGCUUCCGAGCAAGACAACCGUGCUGGAUGUUUGCGAGCGUUGGAGAUGUUGGAGCAUGAAUAUUGCUAUCUUAAGAAUAAAUUGCAUGAACUUUUCCAAAUAGAGCAACAACGUGCUUUGGCAGCAGGAGUGAGAUAUCCUGUGCAGCAUCAAUAAAAUGGUGGAAUGUCUAUCUCCAAGAUUUUGUUUUGUUUCACUUCUUUGUAGCUUUUUAAGGGUAAUGUCAUGAGUUUCUAGUUUUAGACACAAACCAAGUUCUUUUUUGGUUGUUUAGGGU